AUGCAUUUCUUAGCAAUUCUGUCUGCCAGUGCCGCGUUUCUCAGCACCGCCUUCGCUGCUCCUGCUAAGGGAGGUACCGCUAAGGCUCCUGCGGUCGCUGCCACAGCAUCAGUCACCGUGUAUCCGUCGUAUACAUGCGUUGAUCACAAUACCGUUCGUCAAGCUCUCCCGGUGAAGAUUCUUGGCGAUGUUAACGUUAUACAACAGCCUCCCACUAGCGAUGGCACAGGGAAAACUUGGGAAAUCGCCCAGGCCCAGUGCGUUAUUGCCAAUAUUCCUGUCAAUGGUGCAGUGACUGCACGUCUGACGGCUCCUGCCAAGUCCGGUGUUGCAGGCUGCUAUCUUCAACUGUUCAAAGAGCAGGGCUGCGGAGUUACUCUCACAAAUCAGUACCAUGGAUUCCCAUUCAACGGCGUAUCUACUGGUAACUCUGUUGGAUGCGCUGCGCCACCCGUGCAGUCUUACGGUGCGUUUACAGUGGUUUGUGAUUGA